CCGCGUCGUUCACCAGGCGAGGAUGAGUAUGGUCCUCCUGCUGGUUCGUCCCGCCGGAUGGAGUGUGCUGGACCGUCUCAACCGUCAAGCCGGCAAGACCAAGGCACCCCUGUCAUCACAUACAAAAGGAAGGCCCUGCCAACUCGUCCCUCUCCCAAUUGCCAGAAGGACGAAGGUGGUGCGUCCAGGAAGGCGGGGCUGCGGGAGAUCAGCGAAGGAUCGGACGAGGAAACGGAGGACGAUUCUAGGAUAUGUGUUGGUCGACAUCCACAGGGUAAUCAUGCCGUCGACGAUGACGAAUGUGGUGUCGAUGAGGACGACGUCGAAGAGGAGAACAGCGAGAGGGAGAGAGAGAGAGAGGAUCGUGAGGAAUCUAUGCACGACUGCGAGGGUGGGGAGUCUCAACAAUACUAUGAGGAGGACGACGGGGGCGAUGGAGAAAACGAUCAUGCCUAUCCUGUAGGUGAUGACGAUGGACGACAAGAGCGGUCGGCUGAUGUGGGGGUCGACGACGCAACAGGAGAGCGGUCGGAGGCCAGUGUCCAGAAAAGGAAGCGACAAUCUUCAACAAGUCCAACGGCGGCGGCGGAUAAGCGUGCUGCGAAGAAACCCACUGUCGCUGCAUCUCGACAGACGCUCAAAGAUUCUCAAGGGGCGGUCGUUGAAAGCGUGAAGAAACGAAAAGGGUCCGCGUUGACAAGGGCGACAAAAGCGGAGAAAUGGGUUCCUCCAAGAGAUGUGUCGAAACAGACACAACCUUCCGCCGACACCCGUGAUGAAGCCAUCAUCACAACACGAUGCUUCUUCUUGGAGUUCGAUGAAGAUGGGUUUGCAAAGAAGAAAAGAGAACACAUUGAAGUGGACGUCACGAAGAUCUUGCCAAUCCCUGAAGGUGACAUCCUCUUCAACCAUAGAACGUUGGACGAAACGUUGGUGCAGUCCAUAUAUGAUGUGAUCCAUUAUGUGGCCAAGGAAACCAACGAGAAGUGGGAUUUCAUGACUUUCAUCCUGGCUCCCAUUGUGCCCAACAGGGAUGGGUUUCAAGGCAGACGGAUCACACCGGAGCAAUUCGACGUCGAACUGGCUCAUACAUACAACUUGUAUGCUGUUGUUGGCCAGCACACGGCUGAGGCAAUGAACAUACUCAUUAAAGACAAGUCACCGGCCGAGAAAGUGUAUGGCUUGAGGUCRUACUCUCACGUACGUGUUGUCUACUUUGACGAUGACAGAAAGGGAGGAUAUCUACACUAUACACCUUCGACAACCUUGAACAAGUACGGCAACAUUGCAGUUCCGUACACUCACAUGAUGGCUAUUGUCCUCCACGCCAAGAACGACGAUUUGGACAAUAUAACGGUUGCGCCGAAAUUGCGAGCCGAGUUGACAAAUUUGAAUGUUGAAGAGGGUGAAUUUGUGAGGUGCUCAGGGGAGUGUAUCGGUGUGGAGGGCGACACCGACGCGGUUUAUUCUUGGAUGGAACGAGAGCCAGCACGUUUCCGAAAACGGUGCAACUCGUUCAUCAGGGAGGAUGAUGGCGUGAUGCUGUUGGGCAGGGCGCAUGCGGGACUGAUUUGGGAACUCGCUCGCGCCGGACACCACGUGUUUGCGUGUGACGACACGACAAAAGAGCUCACAUACCUUUCCAAGUUUUUGGAGUUUUAUGUGAAGGAUCCGAGGAACAAAUGCAGGUUCGAAAAGCCCCAAGUCGAGCACCGCAAGGACCGGGACAUUUACUAUAAGCUCGGCAAGAAGAGGGAGAAAGUGGACUAUGCGGACUUGGCACGUAAAGCGGGGAACUUCAACAACAUCGAUUGUGACGAAGACACGUCAGACUCUGACCUGGACGUUCCGUCGCGCGCGACACGACGUUCGGCGCAGGGAGCACGUGCCGAGGAGCCGCAAGGGAGCACUAACGCAGAUGCGGAGAAGGCGAGGUCGAGUUUGGGAGCGACACAUGCUAGCGAGGGAGACGUGGAACAUAGAAUGAAUGCAAGGGGAGAAAAGAAUGGUGUACCAACGAACCCGAUGGUGCCAUACUUGCUGCAAGACAAGUACAAGGAGUCAUCGGAGGAGGACUGGGGUCAUCAUAUUCUCUGGCAUGAGGGCGUGUUCGAACCGUGCGUGUUUGCGGGCAAGUGGCAAAUGGWUGUGAAGACAAGAGACCGCGGGUGGGUCGCGAAGGAAAGAAAGGACGCUGCGAUAUGGCACAGCGUGACGGAGACGCAACUUUUUCGGCGGGUUGCACAAGAAAAUGUCGGUGCAACCGAGGUGGCUGUAGCGGCAAAGGCGAAAGCUUUGUUUGAGCAUCUGCGUGCGAACAAACAGCUAGAAUUCAACACAAAGUUCUACAACCUUGCAUCAAGUAUGUCGUACGGCUCCAUCGAUUGGAAAAUCAAACAAGCGUCAGCAGUGCAAGGAAUCGAUAACAUCACCUCUCUGAAGACUCAAGACGUCAUCGCGUCUAACACCAUCGUUGCGAUGGCCAGAGGGGAUGCAGACUGCGAAACGGACACACGUGCGAACGCAGGUCACAUACAGAAUGAACAGUUGCGAGCAUGUAUUCAACAAAACAUACAGAGAAGCGCAAUGGGGGAUUCCACUAUGAUACGCAAGGACGACAACGACAUGGAGUCGGGCACAUUGACAGAGCCGCCAACGCGCGGGUUCAAUGAUGGGGCAACAAUCGUUGGAUCUUUCGGGUCUCUUGUCACGACAAUGGCGGCGAGGCAAGGCGUAUCUGAAAUGAUGGAGAUCGAUGCGGGCCAGGAUGUUGAAAGCCAGACCGUGAAGGUGGCGCCAGAGCAGGUGGCGGCAACAACAGAGGAGACGAAGAAAGGUGAGGGACCUCGCGAACACAUUUCCAUAAUAGAUAUGAGAUCGGAGAGUACGGGCGAGGAUAUGAUCCAAGAUAACGACCAGAAAGAUGACCACGUUGCACCACGAGUGGAAGGUGAUGACGAAGAGGACGCGCAACGACCGAGACGGUCAACGAGAGCAGUAAUUAAGAAAACUGUGUUUGAUGCGUAGGAAAGCCUUAGACGGGCAUGAGCGUUU